AUUUUAAUAUUUUCAGUUUCUACAAGGUAUUUUUGUGGGCUGUAUAUAUACCCUAUGCAGAUGUUACUGGCCCCACACGUAUUUGUGAGGAGAUCGUAUAUAUUUCUUAAAAAAAAAAAUACUUUGCUUCUCUAUGAUGUUUAAAAACGUGUAUGAUCCUUAAAUCAAAAUUUUCGGUUGUUAAACUAAUUAAAAUUUAACACCUCAAUUAAUUUUUUAUUUUUUAAAAAAUUAAAAUUCUAAUAAAAUUAAUAAAAUUAGUUAACAUAUUUAAUAUAAAUUAAAUUAAUUUAUACUUAAACUUUGACAAAUUUAACAGGGUAAGAGACAUCAAUUUUUAACAGGUGAUCAUGAUCUUGAUUCAUGAUCCUUUGGAAAAACCCCACUAAAGUAUGGCUAGAAGUAAUGCAGAGGAUAGUAAACCAUGACUGUUGACCGUUCAAAUCAACUCUUGAGUCUGUGUCCUUUUUUUUAUUAUUAUUAAUUUUUUUUCCCUUAAUUGAAUCUGUGUCUUCUAUUCUAUUAAAUUUAGAGAUUUUUACACCUCAUGUCAAAAUUGACAUCUUUUUUACAUUUUUAUCAAUACACGGUUUUUUAAACUUUUUUAACUUUUACAUUUUUCAAUUUUACUUUUCAAAAAGUUUCAUAAUUACAAAAUUACCUUUUCCCUUCUUCCUUACACACGUACACGCACGCCACCUCAUAACUCCUUUUUUAUUUUUUUUUUUUGAAUUUUUCAUUUCUCUGAUUCUUCCACUCUUCAAACCGUAGCUUCCCACGAUCACCAUUCUCAAGCCCUAACCCAUUUCUUCUUCCCACGAUCACCUUCUCCAAGCCCUCACCCACGUUUUCCUCAACCUACAUUGUCAUCCUCCACUAUUUUUUUCUAUAUAAAUGGCAACCACUAGAAGUGGUUCGAAAUCACCAUCUCCGGCGAAGAAAGUUUCUAAAAAAUCGAAGAAGGCUCCAGCUGUUACUUCCAAAGUCGAACCUAAAAUGGGGUUAAAAAAAAUUGCUAAAAAUUUAGUGGCUGAUGUUCCAGAGACAUCGGCCUCUAAGAAAAGAGCCCUUCCUGUUAAAGUAGAUGCUCCUAAGACUAAGAGAGCAAAAAUUUCCAAGUCUGCACGCGAUGUUUCCUCAGAUUCCGAUUUUGAGGAUGAAGUGCAUGGUGAGGACCAAAAGCCCAAAGUUAAAUCAAAGGUAAUUUAAAUUUGCUUGGUUUCAUUUUAUUGUGUUAAUUUUUACAUGAGCUUUUUAGGUCACUGGUUUAGGUGUUUAUUAGGAUGUUUUUAUGUUUUUUUUGUGUUCUUUAUGUAUUUCUGUCCUGUAUUGUGGUUGAUGUUGUUUUGUUGUUUUUAUUCAGUUGUUGUUUGGUUGUUGAAAAAAAACCCAGUUCAAUUCGUAUUUUGUCACAGUUUUGAGUUGCUUUUCCCCAUUGGUUGGUUAUAUGUUUUUUGUGAAUUUGUUUUCGGUUGUUUUACACACUAUUGGUAUUGAAAAGCAUUUUACUAAUUUCAAUUGCAACCAGAUCUUUCAGUUUAUUCUUUAGUUUUGUAUAUGU